UCCCGGAGUGGUCUUAACGGAAAGAGAAAACCCUUAAGACUGGAAGUGAUGCAAAAACUUUAACUUGCUAAACAUUGUUGUCAUUUUUAUUGGAGUAAUACAAUAAAAAAUGCUUUAUAUGAAGCAUUUAUAUUUAUAUUUAGGAUUUAUAUUAAGUCCCGUUCCGUUAGAAGGCGUGUCUCCGCUUUCAUUGUUGUGUUUCUGGUUUUGCUCAUUUGUAACGGGGUUGUUUUUAGUAAUUCUGUAUUAGGUUUUUUUAUUUAGUAAUUUCUGUAUUUGUAUUAUUCUGUAUUUUUCAAACUAUGUUUGAAAAGUCCAGUUUUGACCCAAAUCACAUGACCAAGCAGCUGAAACCAUGGAGACGUGUUGUUAUUGUUCGCUGUGAUGUCACAAAGAGGAUGGGUUCUAGAGAAUUUGAAAAAAUGCUGCAAAGUCCUCCUGUUACCAUUGACGACCCAACAGCCGACCAGCUCAGAAGCAGCACUUUGGCUCCAGCUUUUCCUCAGAAACACUCUGAACCCCAAGUUUCUUCUUCAUCCACAUAAAGUCUGUACGAGACAGAAGAGACGCCAUCAUGGAAGAAACAGAGCAGCGCUACACUUGGAGAUCUCUUUUACUUCCAAACCCGAGCGAUCCUGACAAUCCAAGACUUGUUGUUAGAAGAAUUCCAAUUCCUGGAACAUCAGAGAACCCAGAGGAGACCAUCAACUCUGUUCCAAAGACACCGACUGGCCCGGUUCCAGAGUUUGGACUGAGCUCCUCUUCAGACUCAGACUCUCCUCCAAGAAGUCUCUCCGCUGCCUCCUCUGCUUCUCCUCCAACUCAGUGUUCUUCAUCACACAAGGAGGACUUCACAGGAAAUCAUGUAGGAAGAUGUGAUGGACCCAGUUCUUCACACAGGUCUCCAAAGACCUCCUCAAAUGUUCAGCUGAGCUCCAGUACAAGCUUGACAGAGCAGCGCUACACUUGGAAAUCUCUUUUGCUUCCAAACCCGAGUGAUCCUGACGAUCCAAUACUGGUUUUGAGAAGAAUUCCAAUUCCUGGAACAUCGGAGAACCCAGAGGAGACCAUCAACUCUGUUCCAAAAACACAGACUGGCGCAGUUCCAGAGUUUGGACUGAGCUCCUCUUCAGACUCAGACUCUCCUCCUCAGAAAUAUCUCUAUGCUCCAUCCUCUCCAAACAUCAACUCUGUUCCCAGAACACCUACGGGUGGUUUGAGUUUCUCCUCAGAUUCAGACACUCCUCCAAGACGUUUCUCCACUGCUUCCUCUGCCUCUCCUCCAACUCAGUGUUCUUCAUCACACAAGGAGGACUUCUGGACCUACGAGAAGCUGAAAGACCAAGACAAGCUUGUUCUAAAGAGACAACACACAGGAAAUCCUGUAGGGAGAUGUGAUGGACCCAGUUCUUCAAAGAGACCUUCAAACACCUCACACCCCAAGAUAAAACCCGUACCGCCCCCGAAAAUGAACAUUACGAAUGCAAAGUGGGUCAAGAAGCUCAAAGCCAUACUGGCAGAAAGAAAAAGGGAGCAUGGACAGCAGAACUUUAAGAGAAGUGCUAAAAGUACGGAUGCUGCACCAACAGCCAAAAAAAUGAAGAAGACAAACUCCUGAUUUAUUUUUAGAAAUUUCAAUAUUUAAAACUAUUUUAUUCUCUUUUUGUUCAUCCUAGUCAACCGUUGUUGUGUUUUAAUAAACUUUGUAC